UUGGGUCUUAGUAUUCAGUUUCAGUUUUCAGUAUACGCCAUUCGAUCAAGGCACUUCUUCUGACAGUGAAGCUUUCAGCGACACAACAAUCAUCAUUUCCAAUUUCCACAACGAUGGAAGCGAUAGAAUCUCUCGGUUCUCUCAACGGCGAUUUCGGCUUCUCCGGCACCAGCGAUCGGAGAUUCGCCUUUUCACGCCAACCUUCUUUCCAACAACCCCGCACUCCGAUUUCCACUGAUUCAACCGAUUUGAGUUUCAGAAAACCCUUCCUUUCACGAACUGAUUCCAGCAUAGAUAUCCCCUCUUCUGGACCGCACCAUCACUACUGGUCCGGCCAUGACGAUAAACCUUCCGGCUCACUGCAAAAAUUUGUUUUCUCCUUUUUCCAAAAUAUUAGGUCUGGUCAUAGGUAUAUGAAGAGAUUGUUCUUUAUGAUCUCGCUUAAUGUUGCUUACUCUACUGUUGAGUUGCUCAUUGGCCUCUUCACUGGCCGUGUUGGUCUGGUGUCUGAUGCAGUUCAUUUGACUUUUGGAUGCGGUCUUCUUACGUUUUCCUUGUUUGUUAUGGGGGCGUCUAGAAAAAAACCUGAUGGAGUUUAUACUUAUGGGUAUAAAAGACUAGAAGUCUUGUCUGCAUUUACAAAUGCUGUAAGUAUUCCAAAUUCCCUUUUCUGUUGCACUUGUUACCUUGUAUCAUUGUGAUUAGGUUGCCUGAUGCUGUCAUCUAUUUACAUUUUGAUGCUUGAACGAUAAAUCUGAUAUUCAUUUAAAGAUUACCCAUAUCCUUUUACCUCCUAUGAUGCAUGUGCAUCUCAAACCGGACAGAUAAUUGGUCUAGGUCUCAGGCCAGGUCUUUUGAAUCUUUCGUGAGGUUUAGGAGGCAUUUGAAAGAGCUUAAUUGAACGUAUUUUCUGACACAAGUACUUGUGCAAGUAUUCUGAAGAGCUUGUAAAAUUAAUAGUGUAAUGGAUAUAUAGUGUAAGCUAAUUUUCAACCGACGUCCAAUGAAAAUCAAUUGGUCUGUCACGUCAGUCCACUUUUGUAACUGCAUCUAGGAAUAAAUAAAUGGAAAAAUAGUGAGCUCUCAUUAGACGCCAAUGCAAAACAGGUUUAUUCUGAAAGUCAUUUAAGCUCAAUAAUUUGACAUGCCAAUAAAUUAUUUUUAGCUUAUGUUCAUAAGCUCUCCAUGAUAGAUAUGGAAGCAGCUUAUGCAGAGUUUACCAUCAUUACCAUUUUGAUUAUAGAGAGAACUUAUACUCGCUCUCAUGCAAUAACUUUUUAUUUAUAUUGUAUAUCAAAUUAUCAAUGUUAGGAUAGUAC